AUGGAAAGUUACCCAGAUUGACACAGGCAACUUUUCUGGCUUCUGUUUACCAUCACGUGAUAAACCUUUGGACUUGAAAUGGUAGCAGCCAAACCUUCCAGCAUCAAAACCAACCCCCUUACAUUGCCAGCAUGGCGGAGCUUUCACCAGCUGAAGAGUCUAUCAUCAAGGAGCACCCUUUAGCUGGCUCACUUAGCAAUUUAUGCAGCUUGCUGCAAGAGGCAGAGACAAUCUAUGAGUCACAUCAAACCUCAUCCGACACUGCCAUCAAUAGUCUUGACCAACUCUAUCAAAAUGCGCUCUCAAAACUCCUUCAUGCUCUUCUGGGAGGAGAUGCAGCGUUCAAUCUUCGCUCACGAAUUGCCGAUCAAAACGUGGAUUCAGAUUUGGCAGACCUAUUCAAGCGCAGCCGGCAAGGCCACCUCCGCUAUGAUCACUGUCAACCGCUAGUCCGGCUCGUCAUUCAAAAUGCUGCUGACACCGACAUUUGGAAAGCUGUCUACGACCUCAUUGCCACCGUCACACGCGCUGAAAGAUCCACGCCUCCACCCAGGUCAUAUCUGUCAAUCCUCCAAACCCCGCGCUCGCGAAACACCGGCAGCCUCGCCAACUCGUCGGAGCUUCGAAGAGAUAUUGAUGCUGUCCUGAGGGAGGAGCUUUUGGGAGACCUCCAUGCAGAUAUCCCUGGCUUUUAUGCAGCUUACUUUGAUGACAUUGAAGGUCUUGUCUCAACCGCGCAGGCUGUGUUUGAGAACUGCAAGGCUGGCGAUAGCCCUCUCUACUGUGAGGAGAGCGGGUGGAAGGACUGGCCUGACAAUUCAGAUGAGAAGCCUGUACUGGAAUGGCUGACUGAAGUUAUCGACCGGCUGGUGCAGUUUGCAGAAGAUCACAACCCAUCUCGAACGGUUGUCCGCCGACCCUUGGCUCAGCCCGCUCGGCCGAUCGCCGGAUCCGCCGCAAAGCGAAAACUUGACAUAGGUUUUGUAGACGACCCGCAUACCACACCGGGCAAACGGUACCACUGGUCGCAGAUCCUGGUGCCGGGAGAACUGAAGAAUGACCGACAGUAUGAUAUCCCUUCUGGGGCGCGGCUUGAUCUGGCAAGGUAUGCCAGAGAGGUGCUAUCUGUGCAGUACGACCGCCGAUUUGUCCUCGGGUUCACCCUCUGCGGACCAUUCCUGCGUGUUUGGGAAUUCGACCGUUGUGGCGGGAUUGGUUCGGAGGAGACUAACAUCAACCAGGAUGGCCUUCAGUUCAUCACAGUGAUUCUGGGGUUUCUCUUCAUGAACCGACAGCAGCUCGGCUUCGACCCGACCAUUGUCACGGUGGACGAUCGACACUGCAUCGAGAUUGAGCGCGAUGGCAAGAAGGAGCGUCUAAUAAUUGACGCGGUGAUCCUGCGGGCAUGUUGUGUCGCGGGCCGAGCCACCACCUGCUGGAAAGCGCAUCGCCAGGGGGAUGAGCGGACCCUGGUGGUCAAAGACUCCUGGCAGUACCCAGAGCGCGAUGAGGAGGGGGAACUGCUGCGCAAAGCAAUGGAGAGUGGAGUCACGAAUGUUGCUCAACAUUACUUUCACCAAACUGUCCAGUUGGACGGCAAGGACGACGAUGUGCGGACCAUUCGAAAGGGUCUAGAGGUUCCUCUGUCAAAGGCCAAGCAGGGUAGCUUGCAGGUGGCCAUGAGGACAAGUGCAUCCAACAGAGGCCAUACCAGCCAAAGCAGAACCAUCGGACGGAAACGAUCUUCUGAUUGUGUGGACACAAUUCUUCCCCUUCCCCCCAGCAAGCGUACCCAGUCCAGCUCUCUGAUAAAGCGUCUCGCGGGCAGUAACCCACCAAAUCGAGUGCACCGUCGCGUCAUUGUUCGAGAUUACGGAAAGCCUAUCUACGAAAGCAGCUCAAGGGUGGCUCUACUUGUCGGAAUGGAAGGCUGCAUUGUAGGUUAUGAAUCCCUGUACACCAAGGCUGGGUUGAUCCAGAGUGAUAUCUCCCCGCGAAAUCUUUUGGUCAACGAAGAUGAUAACAACCCCUCUUGGCGGUCCUUCUUAAUCGACCUCGACCUUGCCAUCCGAGCGCAACGUGAUGGGUUCUCGGGAGCGCGAGGCAAGACUGGCACCAGGGCCUUCAUGGCGAUUGGCGUGCUGUAUGGGGAGAAGCACUCAUUCAUGCAUGAUCUUGAGUCGUUCUUCUGGGUUCUUUUCUGGAUCUGUAUUCACUACGAAGGCCCAGGAAGAGCAAGGCAUGUGGAGGACUUUGAACAGUGGAAUUAUAUGAAUACAAGAGAUCUGGCCGGCGCGAAGAAAGGUGUAAUUAGUGAUGAAUCGGAUUUCCUUACAUCCAUGGAUGACUACUUCACUCCAUACUACCAGCCAUUAUCGCGAUGGGUCAACAGGCUACGACGGGUUGUCUUUCCAAACGGCGGUCGAUGGAAAGAAAUAAACCCAAACCUGGGCUCGGAAAUGAGAAAAAUACUUCAAGACGCACAGGAAGAUAUGGAGGCCACAGAUUAGAUCAUGCUUAGCUGUUCUAUUUAAUACUAUUUGAAGCUGGAAAGGUUUAA